UGUCUCCACUUAACUGGGGUCUCCCUUGUUUGGGGUUUCCCCCUACUUGGGAUCUCCCAUUAAUUGGGCUCCCCCAUUAAUUGGGAUCUCCCCUAUUUGGGAUUCCCCUUUGUUGGGGUCUCCCUUUGGUUCUGGUCUCCCCUUCAUUGGGGUCUCCCUUUGAUCAGGGUCUUCCCUAUUUGGGGUCUCCCUUUGUUUGGUGUUUCCAGGGUCUCCUCUUGGUUGGGGUCUCCCGAAUUCCUAGAAAGCUCCACCCUUCAGCCGGCUUCAGCGAUCUAGGAAAGAAUUUUCCUUUCUUUUGGAGGUGAAGUUUUUACUCCAGCUUGUUCGAAGUGACGGUGACAAAAUAAUAAAAGAAAUUAGAAUUUUAAAAAAAUCAAAAUCUGAGUAGAUUAAAAAAAAAAAUCAAAAUCUGAGGGGCUGGAAAGGAUCAAAAUCCCAGGGGAUCCAAAAAUAUCAAAAUCCGAGUGAGAUUUAAAAAAAAAAAAAAUCAAAAUCCCAGAGUAUAAAAAGAUGAAAAUCCGAGGGAAUCAAAAGAACUUCCAGAGCCCUGCGUGGCUGGGAGGAGAGCUCAGGUGAUUCCUCAGUUCCUGCCGGGAUAAUCCCGGAUGGAAAAUCCCUUUUUCUUUAAGGAAUUCCCUUCAAACCCGCAGCCUUUAAAGAGUUAAUGCGGCCGCGCUCUGCCCCUGCCGGGCGGAAAUCGGCCAAGUUCGAAUUCCCCGCAGGAAUUCCAGCCGGGAAUGAGCCGGGAAGAGCCGCGGGGAUGGCGCGGACCUGCCGCGAUUCCCAUUUUUAUUAUUACGGCAUCAAAUUCGCGCUCUCCGCCUACGCCACGCUCUUCUCGAUCCUGGGGCUGCUGAUCCUGGGCGUGGGGAUCUACGCCGAGGCAGAGCGGCAGCGGCACAGAACCCUGGAAGGGAUUUUCCUGGCUCCGGCCGUGCUGCUGCUCCUGCUGGGAAUCACCAUGUUCCUCGUGUCCUUUGUGGGAAUGCUCGGGAGCCUCCGUGACAACCGGACGCUGCUCCAGACGUUCUUCUGGGUGCUCCUGCUGAUCUUCCUGACAGAGCUGCUGCUGAUCCUCAUGGAGAUCAUCUUUGAGAGCAAGAUGAACGAAGUUUUCCACUCCAACAUCCAGGAGGGAAUCCGGCACUACUACGAUGACCUGGACUUCAAAAAUAUCCUGGAUUUUGUGCAGGAAAAGUUUUCCUGCUGUGGAGGAGACGAAUUCCGGGAUUGGGAAGUGAACCAGUACCACGCAUGCAACGGCAGCGGGGCCCUGGCCUGUGGGGUACCCCAUUCCUGCUGCGUCCGCGGGGUUCCUGGAGGAGUGGUGAACACCCUGUGCGGGUACCGCGCCCUGGACAAGGAGCGCCUGGAGCUGCUCGGCACCAUCCACGUCCGGGGAUGCAUCCACGCCGUGGGGCUCUGGCUCAAGGACAACUUCCAGGCCACUUUGGCCAUCGUCUGCUCCCUGCUGCUGCCUCAGGUGUUGGGUCUGGCCAUGGCCUGGCUGCACUGGCAGCAGCUCAACGAGAUCCAUUCCCGCCUGGAUUCCGUGGAUUCCCGGCUCCUGGAAUCGCGGGAUCUCAGCUUCACCUCCCUGGAUCUCCGCGGCGCCGGUUGGUGCUGGUGCCUGCCCAGGGAGGGCGGAUACAUCCCGGUAAAUCCCGGGAAUGCCGAGGAGGAUGAGGAGGAAGGAGCCGCCUGCCACAGCAAAGUGUGAGGAGGAAGAACAGAAUAUUUAAAAAAAAAAAAAGAGAAAAAAAAGGAUUUUUCCUCUCAGGUCCUGAAGUUCCUUUGGGAAAAUUGUAAAAUAAUGCAAUUUUUCUUCUCUGCUCCUGUCGGGAAAACUGUAAAACAAUGGGGAUUUUUCCUCUCAGCUCCCAAGAUUUCUUUGGGAGAGUUGUAAAAUAAUGUGAUUUUUCUUCUCAGCUGCUGUUGGGAAAACUGUAAAAUAAUGGGAUUUUUCCUCUCAA